AUUCAGGUACUGAGAAGGUGAACAGAGACUUCCUGGACGUUAUGCUGGAGUACGGAGGUGAUGGCAAAGAAAGGCCAGGCAAGAUAUCAGAGUCAAAUGUGACUAUUAUCAUAAUGGAAAUGUUUUCCGGAAGUUCAGACACUACAAGCAGCACAAUCGAAUGGGCAAUGGCAGAGCUACUAUGUAACCCCGAUUGAAUGAGAAAGGUUAAAGAAGAGAUAAAUAGGGUCGUUGGACUCUACGGGAAGGUUGAAGAGAAGAAUAUGGAUAAGCUCCCUUAUUUGCAGGCAGUAGUGAAGGAAAACCUCCGAUUACACCCUGUAGUUCCAUUACUUCUACCACGGAAUGCAAUGCACGAUUCUAGCUACAUGGGGCAUCAAAUACCCAAGAAUACACAAGUGCUUGUGAAUGCAUGGGUAAUCGGGAGGGACCCAGAGUCCUGGGACGACCCCUUGUCUUUCAAGCCCGAGAGGUUUCUGGGCAAGAACAUUGACUACAAAGGGCAACGCUUCGAGUUCAUCCCGUUUGGAUCUGGGAGAAGGAUGUGCGUUGGAUUUGCGUUAGCUCAACGGGUGGUUCACCUUGCUCUGGCCUCCCUCAUACAUUCUUUUGAUUGGGAGGUUAGCUCUCCGACUACAGAAAUUGACAUGACCGAAAGGGCGGGGAUGGGAUUGAGGAAGCUAGUACCGUUAAAAGCAAUACCCACUAAGCGAAAUUCCAUACAAGUGACCAUCUAG